CUCCCUCCUCUGCCGCGCUCCCUCCCUCCCUCCCUGCCGUCCUCCCUCCUCCCGCUCUCCCGCUCCGCUCCCGCUAUACAAGCUCCCACAGCAGUUCUCAGCCAGUGUGUUCUGCCUGCCUGCCUGCCUGCUCUGUGUGUGUGUGCGUGUGUGUGCGUGCGCCUACUUUGUACUGUGAAGAACACAGCCCAUGUGCCCUGCAUGGACGUUGCUGCCACUCUGUUGAGCUUGAUUUUCGACAAGCAGGCAAGAUGUCCAGCACGCCACAUGACCCCUUCUAUUCUUCUCCUUUCGGCCCAUUUUAUAGGAGACAUACACCCUACAUGGUGCAGCCAGAGUACCGAAUCUAUGAGAUGAACAAGAGACUGCAGUCUCGAACAGAGGACAGUGACAACCUCUGGUGGGAUGCAUUUGCCACAGAAUUUUUUGAAGAUGAUGCCACAUUAACCCUUUCAUUUUGUUUGGAAGAUGGACCAAAGCGAUACACUAUCGGCAGAACCCUCAUCCCCCGUUACUUUAGCACUGUGUUUGAAGGAGGGGUGACCGACCUGUAUUACAUCCUCAAGCAUUCGAAAGAGUCAUACCACAAUUCAUCCAUCACAGUGGACUGCGACCAGUGUGCCAUGGUCACUCAGCAUGGGAAGCCCAUGUUUACCAAGGUAUGUACCGAAGGCAGACUGAUCUUGGAGUUCACCUUUGAUGAUCUCAUGAGAAUAAAAACGUGGCACUUCACCAUUAGACAAUACAGAGAGUUGGUCCCGCGGAGCAUUCUAGCCAUGCAUGCACAAGAUCCUCAGGCCCUGGAUCAACUUUCCAAAAACAUCACCAGAAUGGGGCUGACAAACUUCACCCUCAACUACCUCAGGUUGUGUGUAAUACUGGAGCCAAUGCAGGAACUGAUGUCGAGACAUAAAACCUACAACCUCAGUCCACGCGACUGCCUCAAGACCUGCCUGUUCCAGAAGUGGCAGCGGAUGGUGGCCCCGCCAGCAGAACCCACAAGGCAACCGACAACCAAACGGAGAAAAAGGAAAAAUUCCACCAGCAGUACGUCCAACAGCAGCGCCGGGAACACAACCAACAGCGCGGGCAGCAAGAAGAAAACUCCAGCAGCCAACCUGAGUCUGUCCAGUCAGGUACCUAUUGCUAGCAUUGCUCGUUCUCCGGUGUCAGGCUGCGCACUAAGGACAUAAACUCGCGUGGUUGUUACACAUCAGGAGGCGAUGUUUAGUUCCCGUAGAAAUCACAUUUGCGUCUCGGCCCCCGACAUUGAGACUUGACCCUGUUGUCUGUCCUAGAUCCCCCAGCUCCUCCCACUGUUGUUUUAAGCUGAGCUUCUCUCUCCCAAGGUUUCCCUGUAAUAAUGUCAGCUGCUGUUCACAGGAUGUGAUGGUGGUAGGAGAGCCAACUCUGAUGGGAGGUGAGUUUGGGGACGAGGACGAAAGGCUAAUCACUAGAUUAGAAAACACGCAAUAUGAUGCGGCCAACGGCAUGGACGACGAGGAGGACUUCAACAAUUCACCUGCCCUGGGGAACAACAGCCCGUGGAACAAUAAACCUCCUGCCGCUCCAGAGACCAAAUCAGAAAACCCCCCACCCCAGGCUUCCCAAUAAGACCGGCGGGAUCGAUCUCGGUCGGCACCUGAAUCCACUGUCCAUAGGUCCCAUCGCAAUCUUUACUUACAGGAGAGGAAAGAGGAGAGAUGGGAAAAAAGUUUCAAGCAAAUACCUGUUUCUAAACCACAGUGAUCUGACUUUUUUUUCUUUGUUCUGUUUAACUGAGAGGAGCAUUCCAAAAACGCUUCAAUGACCGUUCCUUACAAGCCUUCGCGGGCUCUACAGACACAGGCACUGAAAAGAGAGAAAAGGCGUGCGCGUCUCCUGGCGCGCUGCGGACUGUGGGCUCGGGCUGAGUUCCUUUCCAUGCAUCCACCAGAUUGUCCACCCGUGCCCAGUGCUCAGGAUCCCGAUCAUAGCCGAACCCAACUACAGAUGACUUUUUAAUCCUGUAAAAUAUUUUCUGCUUUUUGACUUGCAUCUGAGAGUUUCUUGUUUCAGUAAAAAAAGAAAAGGAAAAAAAAAUCAGCUUUGGGGAAGUAAUUUAAAUGUAUCUUUUUCCUUCGCUUCUUUACAUUUUCUUUUAUUGGGCAGCAGUGAAGAGGGCCCAUCCGGGUAAUUCAUGGUCAAGGUGAUGUUGAUUGGUUUUUGAGUCUGAGUUUUGGUUCAAUUUAGCCCAAGUGCUGAAACAAGAAAUGUCUUUUUGUCCCUGGGGACACCAAGACAGAAUGUUAUGUAAAGAGGCCAACUGGACCUUGGGGAUUUGUAUGCAUUUAUGAAGUUGCUGUUGAUGCAAAUACUUCAAGCCAUGUAAUCCAUUAAUUUAGUGGGCAGUUUCAUAAAGCUGAAACUUUUUUAAAAUUUUCAUUGUAUCUGAGUUGAUCGUUCUUCCUUUUCAUAGUAUAUUUCUUGUAUAAUAUUUUGUAAAGCAUUUACCUGGCUCUUUUACGGGGACUUUUCUGUUUGGGCAAUUCCAGUGUAUUUAUGUGAAACUUUCUAAGAUAACUAAUUUUUCCAUUGGCAUAUUAAUAUGUUGCUCCACUCAUGUAAAGACACAGUGGUUCUGUGUGUUAUAAAACAGCUGUAUUUUAUGUAUGCUUUACUGGUAAGUGUGCCAAUAAUAAACUGUGUUAA